AGCAUUGGCUACGGAGCGGUGAUGGACGCGUUCCUUUUUCCUCCACCUUCCCCCGGUCUUUCCCCAGAAGUGGAUGGAUGUCCUGAGUCGAGCUGCCUGCCGCGUGAGCUGAAAGAGGAUCGCCCGUCGCCGUUCUGCAGCCGCCGCCAUGAAUAUCCGGAAUGCACGGCCCGAGGAUCUGAUGAACAUGCAACACUGCAACCUCCUUUGCUUGCCGGAAAACUACCAGAUGAAAUACUACUUCUACCACGGACUCUCCUGGCCACAGCUUUCCUACAUUGCUGAGGACGAGAAUGGCAAGAUUGUGGGCUAUGUGCUGGCUAAAAUGGAAGAAGACCCUGAUGAUGUCCCCCAUGGACACAUCACAUCACUGGCAGUCAAGCGCUCCCACCGACGCCUGGGCCUGGCUCAGAAGCUGAUGGAUCAGGCCUCCCGUGCAAUGAUUGAGAACUUCAAUGCCAAGUACGUCUCCUUGCACGUGCGCAAGAGUAACCGGGCAGCACUACACCUCUAUUCAAACACUCUCAAUUUCCAGAUCAGUGAAGUGGAGCCCAAAUACUAUGCUGAUGGAGAAGAUGCGUAUGCUAUGAAGCGUGACUUGACACAGAUGGCAGAGGAGCUGCGGAGGCAAAUGGACCUGAAGGAGAAGACCAAGCAUUCCAUUCUGGGCUCCAUCGAGAACAAGGGUAGUGACCACAAAGCCAACCAUGUGGGCGAAUGUUGCCGCGAUGACAAAUGCCCAGGAACCGUGGUGGGCACUGGGCCUGGGACGGAAGACAGUGGGGACAGCAAGGAUGUCAGUGAGGUCAGCGAGGCCACAGAGAGCACAGAUGUCAAGGACAGCUCGGAGGCCUCUGACUCUGCCUCGUAGCGAGGGCGUCUGCCGUACCCUUCACUCCAGCUGAAAGACCAUUGUCCUGCCUCUCUCUAGGGUGGUGGGGGUGGCGCCUACAGAUGGAUUGGAAAUAAAGCUUAUGGAACCAGAAA